GGGGUCCAAAUUUCUACCCUAUGUACAUCAACACUCCUUUCAGAUCGUGUUUCACAAAAAUAAUUGUCUCCAAUGAAUGUAGUGUUCAGCUGUUUUAAAAUUAAUUCAUAUGGCAACAUUAAUAUCGACUCCAUCAUCAAUAAUCACAUCGUAA